AUGUGGUACUACCGCCUACCGCCGCCUUGUAACUCCUGUCAAAGCCUGCUGCAUCAUUGCACCCGUGGAGAGAGAGAAAGGGAGGGACCUCUUUGCCCUCCAGAAACCAGGAAGGGAAUUGAGUUGAUCUGCUGCUGCUUGGUUAGCGCAUACAGGAGCUUUAAGCUGCACAGCAGUAACAGAGGGGACAGCGAGGGAGAGAGAGUGCUCCGGAGAAGAGAAGAGUGGAGGGCUGCGCUAACCCCACAACAAGCACCACCACGGCCAUCGCAGACAGGAAGACAGACGGACGGCAGGACGGAUACACGGGCGGGGGCUGUGCUAGGCGGCUCGGCGGCAGGCUGGUGGAAGAUGUCGUCCGGAGCCGGCGGGAGGGGAGGGAGGCGGCUCAGGGGGACGGCGGGCGGAGGGAACAGCGGAUACCGAGGAGGAUCCGGAGAGGCCGAAGAGGGCCCAGUGGGGAUCCCUUUCCCAGAGCACAGCGCAGACAUCCUGGGCAGUCUCAACAAGCAGCGGCUCAGUGGCCUGCUCUGCGACGUUCUCCUGGUCACACAGGACCGGGAGUUCCCAGCUCACCGCUCUGUCCUGGCAUCCUGCAGCACCUACUUCCACAAGCUGUUCACCUCAGGGGCGGCCGCAGAUCAACGCAAUGUCUACAACAUCGACUUUGUGGCGGCAGAGGCUCUGGAAGCGCUGCUGGACUUUGUCUACACGGCCACGCUGACCGUCAGCCACACCAGUGUGGCGGAUAUCCUCGCAGCCGCACAACUUCUGGAGAUCUCACCUGUUCAUGAUGUCUGUACGCACCUGCUGGACACCAAAGUGCUCUCCCCGCCGGCGGGCAUUGAGCAAAGAGAGGGGGAUGAGGAGAGUGGAAGAGGAGGAAGAGAACAGGGAAACCAGGUGCGAGCUCGGGAGUUUUUGGAGUACUUCCAGAGAGGGGCCCACUGGAGCAGCAGCUGCAGCACACCAGAGCUCAGGGACCUGCCUACACACCCGCACUUUAAUCAUGGCAACGGGGGGACCCCCAGCAAUGGGGCGCCCGGUGGCCCUGGCGAGUACUAUUCCCCCCUGGCCCUGGCUUUGGCCCAACGCCCCACACAUGAACAAGAGGAGGAGGAAGAAGAGGACGACGAGGACGAGGACGUGGAGGCGGUGCAAGGCAACGGGAUAAACCUUACGUCAUUUUACUACCCUCCGUCCCAAAAUGGGCACUUCUACCUCACCCCUGAGGUUCGAUCAGGGCACGCAACAGAGGCAGAGGACGGGGCCAGGCAGCUGAUGGCAAGGGACAGAGGCUCAGCCAGUGCCCUCCUGCAGAGGAUGAUGAACUCCAUCGAGAGGCAGAAGGAGUGCGGGGCGGCCGGGGAAGAGCCGGGCGAAGGCGAUGACCCUGAUAUGGAAUUUUACUACAAUUACUUCAACAGCGCGCACUACGAGGACACGCCCUCUGCCGCCGUGACACAAGGAGCAGCACCGCUGUGGCUAUCGCGAGGCAACGCCGGCCAUGACAGGGUUGGCGGAGGGGAAAGGGGAGUGGGGCCGAGGACCAGCGGGGGAGGUGGAGGGGAGAGGAAGAUGCGCUCUAAGGCCUUUCAGAAGUGCCCCAUAUGCUCCAAGGUCAUUCAAGGAGCAGGCAAGCUACCCCGCCACAUCCGAACACACACGGGAGAGAAACCCUAUGAGUGCGCCAUCUGCAAAGUGCGCUUUACCAGGCAGGACAAGCUCAAGGUCCACAUGCGGAAACACACGGGAGAGAAGCCUUACCUUUGUACGCAAUGCGGGGCCGCCUUCGCUCACAACUACGACCUGAAGAACCACAUGCGCGUUCACACAGGCCUACGGCCCUACCAGUGCUCCAGCUGCUUCAAGACUUUCGUGCGCUCCGACCACCUGCACCGCCACCUCAAGAAGGACGGUUGUAACGGCAUCCCGUCUCGCCGGGGCCGAAAGCCUCGGGUGCAAGAGCCCGGGCUCCUAGAGGCCCCGAUGGGCCUGCUGAGCCCUGGCUCAGACACUAGCCUGGAGCCUCACAUCAUCAAGGAACGGCUCUCUGAAGCACUCAAGUUGGAGGUGGAGGGUGCCCACGCACACAGCCCUCAGCUGCAGGAGGUAGCGGGGGGGGUCGGACCCUGAGACAUGAACUUCAGAAAUGACUGCUGUCACUCUGCUCCACCUGUCCACACAGAGGAGUAAAAAGCGUACAUAAAAAACUAUUCCUCUAUAAACCAAAUCAGGGUGUCUCCAACAAUUUAAUCCUAACAUUUUUUUCUCCUUUCACUUUGGCAAACAAAGUAGAUGUGCAAGCACUUGAGUCGGUUUAAAGCGCAAUGAAUGCUUCUAAUCGCGCUCCCAAGACGUCCACUUUCUGGGACAUUUCUUUCUUAUCAGUGAUUGGGGUUUUAUACAUUGGCAUAAUGUAUAAAGGACACUAAGACACUCUUUAGCAACUAUGCAGUUGAUUUUAAUUUUUAUUUUUUUUUAUUACUUUUGUCCUCACAGCCUUCGAGCUCUGAGCAGGCUGUCGUACGGGUGAAGCGAGGACAAAUCUUUCACAGAGAAAAAAGCUUUUUUUUCCCUAAAUUCUUUUGCAGGUCUAUCGAUGUACAGUUACCAUAGUAACAACGUUGCCAUAAUAUGGCAUAUGCAAGGAAAACUCACCACACUUGUGAUGCAACAGCUUUCUCUGUCUCUCUAUUUCUCGCUUUCUCUUUCUCACUCGCUCUCCAAAUGCUCCAGAAAGAGUCAGACGAGGGUUCGAUUGAAGUGUUACUUACUCGAUAAAGAAAAUGCAUUCUAAAAAAUGAUAGUGGCGAGUCGAAUCCACGUUGGUGGGGGCUCGAGGGUUGCAGGACCAAGCGGCCGGAGGGAUGGUGUUUUUAAAAUGCUCCCACUGCUCUCACAGCCCUGCGAUUUCAGAUCACCCUGUUGAAAUUUGUCUUAAUUUUUGCUUUUUGUUCCCUUUUUUUGUUUUGAGUUGACUGGGUACUUGACACUUUAUAAUUGUAUACGUGUAUAUACAGCAUGUGGCGAUAUGACAUCCCUGUUGACGCUAAGGUGUAUUUAACAUUCUGGCUUCUCCUCGCGGGCUUGAUGUCGUAUUUACGGGCCUGUAUGAAUGUUUGUUGAGAGACAAGACAGAGUCACCUGUUUGUUUUUUUAUGAAAAAACAAAAACAAACCGUUGACAGUUUCUACCCUGGUAGGAUGAGGAGUGGGAAUGGAUGAAUGAAUGUGCUUCACUUUUUGCAGUGUGUCCUUGUGUGACAAGGCGCAGGUUUAGGUAAACGACAUGAAGCCCAAAUGAGAGAAAUGAGCGUGAUGAAGAGAAAAGAUUAGCACCUUGUUUUUCUAUGUUUGCACAGCUUUACUAAAGACACCCAACAAAAAAGAGGGAGAUAAUAUAUAUAUAUAUAUAUAUAUAUAUAUAUAUAUAUAUAUAUAUAUAUAUAUAUAUAUAUAUAUAUAUAUAUAUAUAUAUAUAAAAAAGUUUGCUUUGACUUCUUUUAGCCGUGGGGUCCACCUGUGCGAUGAGCACCGUCCCCAGUCUGGAGGACAAAUAGGAGCGCAUCGGCAGCUGAUUCAUGGGGAAGGGGGACAAAUGGAGAAGGGAUCUUGCCAUGUCUGUUGCAUUCCCAAAAAAUAAUCUCCCCCAGCUCAGCCAUGUUUCCAUGCAGGAGGAGCGGGAGGGGAGAGCAGGGGAGGGGGAAUCAGAGCAGGCCUCUCCCUCUCUGUGGUCCUUUAAUGCCCUUUAGGGAUAUGAUUAUAAUAGAGUAUGGUGUUAUCGUGGGUAGGACGCUCGGAGAGGCGGCAGUUUAAUGUGCAUGCGCGCGUGUCGGCGUGCGUGAGUGUGUGUGUGCGCGUGGCAGCCACAGGGUCCCUCUGGCCACAUCAUCAGUGUGUGAGUCAGCCCCGGCCUGUUCAAACAUGCACCUUGAGCUGCCAGCCUCAAUGUACUUCUCUCCAAACACACUCAGCCCAAGACACCAGCAUGCACAAGUUUAAUUUCCACCUACUUCUCGACCGGGGAUAGGCUUUUGUAACACUUUUUUUUUUUUUGUAUUGGGGAGAGGCUGGGCACCAGAGUGUUGGCGUAGCUCCUUCAAUCAAUCGACAGCGCCUCUGCUGGUUGUAGCCAAGUCGUGCACUCCAUUUUCCCUCCACUGCCUUCCGCCCACGUGCAGCUGUGAUAGGCUCCAGCCCCCCCUCCACUUCUCCUGUCCUUAAUUGCACCUUCUCUGAAACAAGGCAGGUUCAGAAUGCACUUUGUUACUCCACGUGAGGGCACUUUGUCAACAAAACGGGUACUUUUAAGUAAAGAAAAAAAAUAUAUAUAUAUAUACAUAUAGUUGCAAAUGAGAUCAUCCCUCUGUGGUAAAUUUAAGACUCCUUUUUUUUUUUUUUUUUGAUUUAACGACAAAGCUGCCAAACAUACAAAAUCUGGACUUUGAGCGCUCUGAAAGAGGGGCUUAGUUUUGUGACCUUAUUAUACGAGAUGAAUUAAUGUAACUGAUUGCACUUGAAGUCAGCCGUUGGUGAGCUGUAUAUGUGUCUUAACGGUAGAGAGGGGGCAGAAAAAGUGUGUUUCGUGUUCCGUUAGACUUUCGAGGAUCUCGGGACAAGCUAAACAAACAUCGCUGCUAAGUUGGCGGUGAUAACGGGCCCAAUCGUUGUAAAACACCUCGUCGGACAGUCGCUUGUUUACUUCACAGCUCUCUUGGCGCACGUUUGCAUGAAUCCUGGUUUACCCUCGCUUGUCGUUAUCGGCGGCUGUUCCGGGCCUCGAGAGUGUGCUUUUUAUUUAUUUUUGUUGGCGCCCAUGGUUGUCGUAUAAAGACAAGGUUGAUAAUUGCACUGUUCAGAGCAAUGUGAGCUGAUGUCUGUACCGUCUUGAGUAGUAUGGACCCUAAACAACCUGUGAGUCAUCUAAACCUGUGCAUUUGAACCUGCAUAUUCCUCCUAUGGUCUUUGUGCUCUUAUACUGGCACUCUUUGGUCCGGAGAACUGUAGUCAAUUCUACUCCCUAAUCAUUGAAUUCGAACCACAUCAACAAGUUGCGAAACAAACUCAAUUGUCGUUGAAAAACCUUGAACGGAAAAGAAACGGUCACUCAAACUGGUAAUUAGGUGUGACCCUAAACAAACAAUACAGGUAGCAUCUGUGUGUUUUAGCACUUUGGCUGAUGGCAGCACGUUUUAAUUUGCUCAAAAUUUCCCCUAAAAAGUGCAUUGUUCCAAAAUUGGCCGUAUACAGUGGUACCUCAACUCGAGUCUUUUGAGGUAAGAGCUGUCUUUGGGUUAAUGGUUCUGCUUCAAGUUCAACGCAAUAAUUCGAGAUAUAAGCAUUCCUGUAGUCAAAACCCGGUCUUACCAACAGCUUGUAGCUUGUAGCUAGAGAUCGACAUGACUGUUUUACAACCAACAGAACGAAGAAAGUGAGUGUGAUGGACGGUACUGAGAAGUAGAAGCGCUGUUGAUUGCAGAUACAAGUGUUUUAGGUUAAGAACUCCGUUAAGCUUGUGAAUUGAGGUACAACUGUACUUACUAAAAACAGUUUCCACUAUGUAAUGUUCAUCAGUUUGGAAAGAAACCGAAACCAACUUGACUUUAGCUGAGACCAGAAAGCCAAGAUUGAAAGCACCCUGAUGUGUACCUGUCCCCUCAUUGGCCAGUUUUAAGUAGUCCAAACUGGACCUCCUCCGUUUGUUUGUUUUUUGCUGUUUCUUGUGCGAAAUAGAUUAUUCACAUGUUGUGAAGUAUUUUUUGACUUUGCUUGAACACGUCUGUGUGAGUGAUGAGUGCAUGCGCCGCAAAAAGGGGGUGAUGUUUUGGGCGCGGGUCUCCGGAAACCGGUGCCUGGGUGGGUGUCUGUGAUUUAAAGCCUGAUAGCACUGGAAGUGGUGCUUUUAGCUGACCGUGGCGCAAACAUUUGCACUAAUUUUAAAUGUUUUCAUCCUGCUUUUGGGUUGUUUUUUUCAUGUCGACUCGGGUCAGCCACCCCUUCCCCCGUAGAAAUAGUUAUCAAUCAACAUGAACUAAUUAAUACCAAAGGACACAAGACAUGUUAGGGUAGCAAUCAAUGUGUGUUUUGUUUUGUAGAGGUUUCCAAGUAUCCACCAUUGGAGACGUAAGAAUGUAGCAAGGCGUCUGACGACAAACAUUCGAAAUAUUUGGGUGGCUGUGAAGGUCGUGGCGUGUACAAAGAUAUCAAACCAAGACAUGAUUUAUUUAUUUAUGUUCAGUUCAGCUGAUAAACCCAAUUUAUUCAUUCCAUCAGGCUGUGACUGUGUGUGCUUAUGUGCAAUUUGGAUCUGCAGCUUACUCCUAACAGAUGGGCCCAGUUUGACCAAACCUGUGCUUUUACCACACAGCACCCUGUUUUCUCAGGGCAUUCCACCUACCGCAACUGGACUGUUCAGUUUGUCUCUGAAGACCCAAUUCCUCUGAUCCGAGCAGGCUUCCUCAAUUCAUGUUCAUAGACUUAGAUUGGUCACGUCUAGACUAAAUACUAAAUCUGAGCAAUCGAGUGAGAGACAAACUGAACAGUCCUGUUCCAACACAUCAUGCUCAUAGGCUUGGAUUGGUCAGAUCUAUGAGCAAUCUAAGUCAUGUUCGAGUGAGAGACAAACUGAACAGGCCUGUUCCAACGCAUCAUGCUCAUAGACUUGGAUUGGUCAGAUCCAGACUAAAAACUACAUCUCACCAGUCUAAGUCCUGCAUGGAUGAGAGGAGAAAUGUAUUUCGAUAGGUAAUGCUCGUAGACUUGGACUGGUCAGAUCUAGACUAAAUACUAGAUCUGAGCAAUCUAAGUUCUGUUUGAGUGAGAAAGAAAUUGAAAACAGUCCAGCUCCAAUGGAUCAUGCUCAUUGACUUGGAUUGAUCAGAUCUAGACUAAAUACCACAUCUGACCAAUCUUACGUCCUGCUUGGAUGGCAGGCGAAACGCCUUCCAAGACAAAAUUAACAGUCCAGUUGCGAUAGAUAAUUCUCGUAGACUUAGAUUGGUCCGAUCUAGACUAAAAACUACAUCUGACCUGUCUGAGUCCUGCUUGGAUGAGAGCCGAAACGUCUUUCAAUAGAUAAUGCUCGUAGACUUUGAAUGGUCAGAUCUAGACUAAAUACUAUUGAUUGAUUGAUACUUUUAUUAGUAGAUUGCACAGUUCAGUACAUAUUCCGUACAAUUGACCACUAAAUGGUAACACCCGAAUAAGUUUUUCAACUUGUUUAAGUCGGGGUCCAUGUUAAUCAAUUCAUGAUAGCUCUGAACAAUUUAACUCCUGUUUGGUUGAGAGAUAAACUGAACAGUCCAGUUCCAAUGGAUCAUGGUCAUAGACUUGGAUUGGUCAGAUCUGGGUUGAAAACUACAUCUGAGCAAUCUAAGUCCUGUUCGAGUGAGAGGUGAAACGUCUUUGAAGACAAACUAAAUCGUCCAGUUGCAAUUGAUCAUGUUCGUAGACUAAAUAAGAGAUCUGACCAGUCUAAGUCCUGCUCGGAAGAGAGGCAGAGCGUCUUCUAAGACAACCUGAACAGUUAAGUUUUUAGGGACUGAAUGUCCUGAGAACACCAUGACCUGGAUGCGAACAGCCAUAGACCAACACCCUGUUUAGUUUUUCCUGCCCAUGUUUCCAGACCAAACUCGACGAGCUGAUCGGCUCAUUAGCGACAUUACCCAGCGGACAUCUUAAGCUUUACUUGAAUUAAUUUAUUAUUAUUGUUAUUCUUACAUUCUUUGUCGAGUUGCGCAUCCCCCGCUUUAUCACGACUCCCUUUUUUUUCCACCCCCACCAACCCCCGAACGAACCUUGACGUCUGUUUCUGUUCUCUUAUCAAACGUGUCUGCUGAAUAUAUCUGAGAAGCCAUAAAAGCAGAUGACCAACAACAACGAUAAGGAUUAAUCAUCCCAAAGAAAGGCGAGACAAGGUCACUGUUAUGGGGAUUUGUGGCGGCAGACGCUCGGCAAGCGCACUGGGCCAGGGGUUGACGAUUACUAUUACUGGGGCGUUUGUGGCGCUUGUGCAGGUCCUGAGGACGGACGGGGGUCUCAAACUCAGUUUGGAUGGGUGAUGCUGGGCCUGAGUAUUCCCUUCAGAUUCACGUGACUAAAUUUGUAAAUUUUUCGGCAGAAAUGUCAAAUUGAAUGUAAAAACGGUAUAUUUUGAAAGGGUUCACCGAGAGGUGGUCAGUAAACAUUCCGCUUGCUUAAAGCAAGUUGUUCCUUGUAUUGACCAAUGUGUGUGUUGUGUUGUCAAAUAUCAGGCUGCAAUUACUCAACUAUCAUGUUAAAUAGACGGCCACAAAAUAUGGGUCAGUGCAGUUUGAGACCCUUGCUCUAAUCCAGUGGUUCUUAACCUUGUUGGAGGUACCGAACUCCACCAGUUUCAUAUGCGCAUUUACCGAACACUUCUUUAGUGAAAAAUAUAUAUAAAUAUAUAUAUAUAUAUACAAAUAUGUCUUGAUUGGAUUAUCCAGAGAAUAGUGCUCGAUACCGUGGUAGAGCACAAUAUGUAUGUGUUGCAAA